CGGCGGUGCUGGGAGGUGCCGGCGUGUGAGGAGCGGCGCGGAGCGGAGCGACCGUGACCAUGCUGCGUCGCCAGGCCCGGGAGCGCCGGGAGUACCUGCAGCGCCGGGCCAAGGAGCAGCAGCAGCAGCGGCAGCGGGAGCGCAGGGAGAGCCUGAAGCGGGCGCUGGACGAGAAUCGGCUGCUGCCCACGGAGCUGCGGCACGAGGCGCUGGCCCUGCAGAAGGAGCUUGAGUUCGACUUCCAGGCACCGGGGGGUGACAGCCAGGAUGACGAGUACAGGUGGGCGGGGCUGGAGCCCCCCAAGGUGAUGGUGACGACGUCACGUGACCCCAGCGCCCGCCUGCGGCUCUUUGCCAAGGAGCUGUGCCUGCUGCUGCCCGGGGCUCGCCGCAUGAACCGGGGCCGUGCCGAGCUGGGCGCUCUGGUGGCGGCGUGACGGGCCGCGGGCGUCACCGACCUGCUGGUGCUGCACGAGACCCGCGGGCGGCCUGAUGGGCUGACCGUGUCCCACCUGCCCCACGGCCCCACUGCCCACUUCACCCUGAGCGGGGCCGUGCUGCGCCAGGAGGUCGGGGGGCUCGGGGGGGCCCCGCUGGCCGCCCCCCACCUGCUGCUGCUGCGCUUGGAUUCCACUCUGGGAAAAAGGGUUGGGACCAUCCUGAAGCACCUGUUCCCCGUUCCCCGUCCCGACAGCCGCCGCGUGGUGACCUUCGCCAACGAGGAUGACGUCAUUUUAGUGCGGAACCACGUGUACCGGCGCCGGGGGCGGACGGUGGAGCUGGAGGAGGUGGGACCCCGCUUCCAGCUGAGGCCCUACCUGAUCCGCCUGGGGACCCUGGAGCAGGGGGACGCGGCUGAUGUGGAGUGGCGCUGGCACCCGUACACGGCCACGGCCCCCAAGCGCCGCCUGCUCAGCGCCACCUGAGCCCCCCGGACCCCCCCGAACACCUGGAGACUCCCCCCAGAUGGGCCCCACCUGCACACCUGAGACCACCUCGGCAGCUGAGACCCCUCUGGACUGCCCCAGGCACAGCUGGGAUUCUCACAAUCAGUUUUUAUUUGUGAUAAUAAAUCAGUUUUGUCUAUA